CUACACCUUCCUGCCACGGAGUUGUUGGCCCAUGGGCAGAAGAUGGAGAGGCAGUGGCCCAGGGCUCCUCAAGGCCUGUGAGACUCUGUGAGAGCCCUCAAGCUCCCCCGAGUCAGAAACCCGGGGACCAGCCUUGCUCCCUUCUCUCCACAGCAUCACCCUUUCCUCCAAAAGGACUGCCAGAUGGUUUCCCUGCCCCGGACCAUGGAGCAGCCUCCUCGCUGCUCUGCUCACCCUGCCCGGUCUCCAAUUCCACAGCAGCCAGAGAGAGGGGCCAUCUAAAGCGCAACUCAGGAUCUCGCCCCCAACUCAAACACCUCUUGCGGCUCCUCGCUGCCCGGGCCUGUGGCCCGAGGCCUGGCCUGGCCUGGCCUAUCUGCAGCCCCAGGCUCCCUCCCUCUGCAGCAUCCCUAGGCAGGGCCAUGUCUGUCCCCAGAGAAAGCUUCCCCUGUCACCUCUCCCUGCCUUUGCCCUGCCUGGAAGGGUUCCCUCCCCCUUACAGCUGCUAAAAAUCUACUCCUGCCCCCAAGCCUCUCUCUGCCCCGUGGACAGUUCCUCCUUCCGCUGUGCCCCCCAUCCCUGAAUGCUUAGGGAUCUGGCAUGACCACCAUGAGGCACUCGGUGCUGAGGCUCCAUGUCCUUCAGGGAGGGGACAGCAGGUGUCAAGGAAGGCCGAGGGGCCUUGUGUGUGUCUGAGACAAUCUGAGAGACACAGGUGAGAGACAGGUGGGGGAACCCAAAUGCUGGGCAGUGGAGACAGGAGGGGCCUCAGUGAGACAGAGAGGUGAGCAGACCAGGACACACACAGGCCUGGGAAGAAGGAGUCGGGGUGGGUGACUAUUGGGCCUUGGUCUGUCUGUCCAUCUGUUGAUCUGAGUCUCCUCCUGCUUAGGAUCUGGAUACUGAGCUGUCCCUGGACCCUCAGCUGCCCUCCCCCUCCCCCAUCUGUGCCCUCCUCGCCAGCCAGAGCUUCCUCACUAACACGCAGACCUGACUCUGACACUCCCUGCUUAAGGCCCUGGUGGCUCCCCAGUGCCUUUGGGCCAGAGUCCAAGCUCCUUAACCUCAGUCAAGGCCCAGGCCCAGCUCUCUGGGCCCAGCACUUCAUGGCCUUCGUAUUUGGGCCUCAAGGCCUCUGCACACACUGGGCCCCUCCCCUAUCAGGGUCCCCUAGACCUCGCUCCAUCUGCAAACACGUGUCUCCUCCACAAAGCCUUGCUGUCUGCUCUGUGCCGAUGGACUGCACUGACAUCGCUGCUGUGAGCCAUCAUCUCCCCCACCACCAUCACCUGUGCUUAUGGGCUGACCUUGGGGAGCAGGACAGAGAAGGCCACCCAGAGGUCUGUGCCCUAAAGGGGCCAAUACUCUGCUGCCCAAGAGCAAGCCCUGGGCUCAGCGCCAAACUUGUCCCAGUGCCUAGCAGAGGGCCUGCCCAGUGGGCGUCUGGGGAGGUGGUUGAGUGGUUGAAUGGAGGAAUCACAGGUAGAAAGAGAAGGGCUGGUGUGCAGGGCCCUGGGCACCGGCUGAAAGUGGUCCCACCCCAGCGAGCGGUCCCACUCCAGCAGGCAGAAGGGCGGGGCGGGGCAAGGGGGCGGUGACCCCUCCCGGCUUCCUCCCCCGGGGCAGGGAGACCAGACUCAGUCCCAGGUGGGUGCGCGCCAUCAGCAGCAUGAGGCGACCGGCGAGGAGCCUGAGGGGCAGGGACGGGACGGCGCCCACGCAGUGCGCCCCGGCCCAGUGCUUCGACCCGCUGGUCCGCAAAUGCGUGGCCUGCCAUCUCCUCCGGACACCCGAACCUGGAUCGGCCUCGCCUCCCUCCGACCCUGCCCCUCCCCGGCCGUCCUUCCCCUCCGCCCCCUGCUCCCCUUCCCCGUCCCCUCCUCCAGCAGCCGCGGGAAGCAGCCUGGCGCCCGGGACGGCGCUGCAGCCGCAGGAGUCGGUGGGCGCCGGCGCUGCCGAGGCCGAGGCCACGCUGCCGCUCCCGGCGCUGCUCUUCGGCGCCCCGGCGGGGCUGGGCCUGGCGCUGGCCCUGGUCCUGGUGGGCCUGGCGAGCUGGCGGUGGCGGAGGCGGCGGCUCCGGGGGGCGGCUGCCCUCGAGGCCCCGGACAGAGACCAGGACGAGGCUCUGGACAAUGUCAUCGUCCUCACCCCUGGACUCCUUGAUGUCAAAACUCCUGUCUGGCCUCCACCCAGAGAAGACCCAGACGCCACCCCACCUGCCCACAGCGUCCCUGUGCCAGCCACAGAGCUGGGCUCCACUGAGCUGGUGACCACCAAGACGGCUGGCCCUGAACAACAGUAGCGACAGAGGGGGCAGGAGGUGGCCCUUGCCCUCCCUGUGAAUUGGGCUAUUCACACCGGCGCCCACCUGCCCAUUUUCUGGGAGCCAGCCUGCUCUCCAGCUAACCCUGCAGAACCACAGACAGACACCACAGACCACAGUGUUCAGGUGACAUGGCAUCGCAUGGCAUGCUGGCAUUUGACUUAAAACCAUACCAUUUUUGGCAGCCUUCGAAGGUUGUGGCUGAGCUCCUGUGUUUUUGAGCGGUUGUGGCACUUUGAGUAGCAGGUUUUUCUUUUAGAUUGGAGAAGCCACCAUUAAGCCAGAAUGAGUCUAGGAAAAGGAUCAACUGAUGUAGGACGCUUAAUUUGUAUCUGAGUGUCACAUUUCUUUAAUACUUGCUCUCUGCGCUGUUCUGCUUUUAAACUGAUGCAAAUGGCAGCAAUGAGCAACCAACUGACAGGUUUGCUUUGGGAUUUAGUACGAGACGAUUUUAAGAAACAGCCUAGAUUGUGCUGAUUCUCGUGUGUCUGUGCCCUAGGGUCAACCUUGAGCUUGGCCCAAUCUGCUAGGACCUAUGAUGCCAUUUUCACCCUGGAGGCAGCUUCCAGAGCCCAAGGCUUGCACUUGGGAGGAAGUCUACAGCCUCUGGGGCUGGACUGCAAGCUCACGCUGAAGGCACACUGACAGACAUCUCCCUCAGAGACCACUGGGGUCCCAGUGGCCUCCAAGGCACACUCAGCUGUACCCCGAGCAGGGCCCAGGACCUGCAGGAGGCUCCUUCAUACAGAGGCCAGGGAAGGCCUGUGGCCUUGAGCCAGCUGGACCUGAUGUCCCUUGAGCUCUCUUCUCUCUGUGGCCUGCCCUCCCCAUGCACUAGGCUCUGGGUGCUGGGAUCACUUGGCCAUUCUGUACCAUGCCCUGGGGUCACCUACCAUCCAAGUGAAACUAUUCCUGUGACAGCGGUGCCCCUUGCUGGGGGGCCUGGAGUGGAGACCUUCUCUUUCAGCACUGGACCACACUGUACACUUGGUCAGCUGCUUCCUCUCCUGCUGGCCCUUCUACACAGGGCAGGAACCUCCUGACCCAGACUCUGCCCUGGACAGUAUCCUUGGAACUUGUCAUGGCUUAGCGCCCUUGGAAGGAGCACUGGACUGGGAGUCAGAAGAUGGAGUUCUGGUCCCCUUUUGUCCCAUUGUAAGGCCUUGGCCAUGUUCUGUUCCAUGUAUCAGAUGCUUUCUGCCUACGCUUUCUGACCUACCCGUCAGAGCUGCCCAGUAGAUACCUGCCCUUCCUCCCCACCCCUUUCCCAGCUCAGAAGACAGCAGCCAGCAGCUUUGGAGCCCCCACAACCUGGACACUCACAUCGAAGUCUCUGCCUAGCCACCCUCUCCCUGAGCCCAUCUCAGAUGCCCCUCCCCCCCAGGCUGCCAGGUGGCUGGGGUGAGGUCAGGUGGCAGGCCCAGAAUAGGCCCAGUCAUCCACUCCCCUCCCUCUCAGGAUUGCAGGAGUCUGAGCUAUUCCCGGCCACCUCUAUCUCCCACCCCACCUUCUCCACCAUAGCCAGGGGCUGGGCCCCGUAGGUGAAACAAGCGGGUGAAACCCCUCUGGGGCCCAGACAUGCAAACCUCUGGCACCACUGGGUCCUGGCUGAACCCCUGGGUGGUGUGCAGCUUCCCCUCUGGUCUCAGUUUCCUUUCCUGAAAAGCGAGGAGUUGGAGGCAACGUUCUCCUCCUGGCCUGUGGCCCUCAGAGGAGAAGGACUGGAAGGAACUUCAGAGAAUCCUCACUCCCCUCAUUUUACAGAUGAGGAAACUGAGGCCCAGAGUGGGCAGAGACUUGGCAUCAUUGUCAUCCAGCAAAUAACAGAAGGGAAGUUCCUUGGGGAAGAACCAGAAGCAGAGGUCUGGGGAGAGGUGGGCAAGGAGGGGGUCAGUCUCCCCUAGUCCAGAAAAGGGCCUCACCUGCCAGGGGCCUCCAGUCUCUGGCCCUCUGUCCUGCGCAUUGCUUUCCAAGGAGCCUUCUUGAGGUCACUGCAUUUGAUCUUCAUGGCGGCACCUGGAAGAGAGACAUGAGCGUUUGUGUUUGCUUUAAAAAAAGCAUUUUUCAUUUUAAAAAAUCAAGGUGUGCUUUGUAGACACUUUGGAAAGUUCAGGAGAGUAAUCCAGGGUGGAGUCUAUGCAGAAAUGACCCAUAAUCCAGCAACGCCAGGCCCCUGAGUGGUGGCUUCUAUGUAGCUGUAAUCGUACUAUACAUAUAAAGUCAUAUCUUGGCCAUCA